UCUUUUCUCCAACGUUUUCCCAGACUUCCCGGAAGUCGUUGGUUCGCCAAAGAUACAAACAGAUCAUGUGCAUUCGUUAAAUCCCGAACAAAGUUGGCAAAAAUCCCUCCUUUUCCAUGCAAUCCUCCUUCACUUCACAUCCACAGAGAAAAUCUCUUCUGUUGCAGGUGUGCUGUGCGAAAUCUAGAUGGUGAAUCCUCGUCCGGUGAUUCCUUUUCGGUUCAAAGUUUGGUGAAUGCUGAAACUUUGUCUUCAGUUCUUCAAUCAUGCACAAAUUUGAAAGAGGUUAAGAGGGUGCAUGCUGUUGUAGUGAAGUUGUUGGAUGUCCCUGUGAUUUUUAUAGAUAAUAAUUUAAUCAGUUCUUACUUUAGAUUCUCACAACUGCGGUAUGCAGAGAAGUUGUUCGAUAGAAUGCCUAAAAGGAAUGUUGUUUCUUGGACUGCGGUUCUCAGUGGGUAUUUGAACAUGGGUUUGGAUGAUGAGGCUUUGUGGUUGUUCCAGGAGAUGAUUGAGAACUCUGUGCAGCCUAAUAGUUCGACAUUUGCGUGCUUAUUGAAGUUGUGUGGGAAUUUAUUGGACCUUGAACUAGGGCGGCAGCUUCAUGCUUGUGUUGUGAAAGGGAAUUGGAGCAAUUUGAUUGUGGAUAGUGCCAUUGUGUACUUAUAUGCACAGUGUGGUGAUCUUUCUUGUGCAUCUAGAACCUUUGAACGAAUUCCUGUGCGAGAUGUUGUUUGCUGGACUACAAUGAUUAUGGCUUAUGCGCAACAAGGGCGUGGAAACAAGGCAUUCUCCAUGUUCUCUCAGAUGAAGCAGCAUGGAUUUAAGCCAAAUGAAUUUACAGUUUGUAAUGUACUGAAGGGUUGUGCAGAAGGGAAGGAAUUGAGGUUUGGGAAGCAGUUACAUUGUGCUAUAAUCAAAGGCAUGUGUAGACAGGAUGUAUAUGUCGGAAGUUCCUUGGUAAGCAUGUAUAUCAGAUGUGGAGAGCUCUUUGAUGCUCGACUAGUUUUUGAUAGUAUGACAACGAGAAACACAAUCACUUGGACUUGCAUGAUAGCCGGUUAUGCACAAAAUGGCUUUGCUGAGGAGGCUUUAUCAUUAUUUGAAGUAAUGAGGAGGAGACGUGUAUCUGCAAAUAACCUUACGAUCGUUAGUAUUCUCAGUGCAUGUGGUUUGUCAGGAUCCUUAUAUCGUGGUAAAGAAGUACAUGCACAAAUAAUAAGGAACCAUUCUCACAGGAAUGUUUUUAUUGGUAGCACUUUGAUAUGGUUUUAUUGUAAGUGUGGGGAGUAUGAUUAUGCAGCAAGAGUUUUGGAUGCCAUGCCGGUGAGGGAUGUCACCUCAUGGACUGCAAUAAUUUCAGGACUUGCUAAACUUGAACAUGGCUCAGAGGCACUGAGAUUCUUGCACAAGAUGUUGCAUGAAGGUGUGGAACCAAAUCCAUUUACGUAUUCUUCAGCAUUGAAAGCAUGUGCUAAAAUUGAAGAUGUGAAACAUGGAAGAUGGAUCCAUGCUUCAGUGAACAAAACCAGAGAUCUGUCAAAUGUGUUUGUGGGCAGUUCACUCAUUCAUAUGUACAUGAAAUGUGGUUCUAUUAAAGAUGCUUUCAAAGUCUUCGAUACUAUGCCAGAGCGCAAUCUAGUCUCAUGGAAGACGAUGGUUGUAGGCUAUGCAAAAAAUGGGCAGUGCCCGGACGCAUUGAGGCUUAUGUACAGAAUGCAAGCCGAAGGAUUUCAUGUGGAUGACUACGUUCGGUCCACAGUUCUUACUGCAUGUGCUGAUGCUGAGUGUGAUAUACAGUGGUCAUCAGCUUCUUGUUCAUAUUCAGGUUGAUUUCAAUGGUGGUGUGGAUGGUGAAAUCAUGUGUACUCUAAACUUAUGAUGAUCCAAAGAACAAGAAAUUAUGGUGAACUAUAUAACGCCAAAUGAUCUCAUGUACAAGUAGUAAUCGGUUGUAAGGGCUGUCAGACUUGUUCUUGAUUGUGUUGUUGUAGCAUAUAGUGAAUUUGUAUCAAUGAACUUAGAAAUAUAUCAAAAAUUUAUUC